AUGGUCGGAAGGAUAUUCGUACGCAAACAAGCACUAUUCUGUGUGGCUAUUGCCGGCGUCUGCAUUGGUGCUCUUCUCUUUGGCACUGCCUACAAACCUACAAUAGCCAUACCUCCCAUCCAGGGCCUGAUUUCUGGCCUCCAUGUGUCCGAUACGCACCCGAUUUCUGAUUUAAUCCAGAACGCAAAUAGACAGUGGGAACGGUAUGAGCAUGAUCGUUCAAGGACCUUUCGUGAGACUGUCGAGAAGUAUAGACAACGAUAUGGACGGCAUCCACCCCCCGGUUUUGUUGAUUGGUAUAAAUUUGCGCGCGACCGGAAAGUCCAUAAUCUCGACGAUUUUAAGCAAAUCCUAGAUGAUCUGCGACCAUUUUGGGGCAAAGAACCUCGGCUUAUACGCCAGAUGGCGGCGAGCUUAUCUGAUCAUGGCAACGGCAUAGGAGGCAUACAUAUUCGCAACAAAGAAGUCGCCAAAAUAUCACAUCCUAGUUGGCGUGUAGAGGCUUUGGCUGCUGUGAUUUCUAGAUUCGUUGAAUACUUGCCUGAUAUGGACAUCGCAGUAAAUAUUCAUGAUCAGCCCCGACUUGUGGUCCCUUUUGAGGAUAUUCAACAGUAUCUACAGGUCGAGCAGAGCUCAAGAAACACAGAUACUACUGCAAAGAACUCUUUCACAGAAGGCUUGGAUCAUUUGCUGAACUUGACGCAGGCACAAGAUGGGUGGGAUGAGCAGAAAGAGGCACAGUGGUUCUCUCCCCCAAACCAUCAGUUUAUGGAGAUAGGCAAGAUGGCUUGUCCUCCCGAGUCCCCUGCACGAACUGGUAAAGAUGCAGAUCAUUUAUACAAAACACCAGUCGGAGGAUUUAUAAGCAAUUUCAAUCUUUCUACGGACCUUUGUACCGUGGGACUGGCCGUCAAGGAUCUUCAUGGUCUUCUUUUUGCACCAGCCUCGCUUCUAGUAUCACAGAAACUCUUACCGGUGUUUGGCGAAUGUAAGCUCAGCGUUAACAACGAGAUUCUGUUUCCAGCGAAUAUGUAUACCAUGAAGGACCCACGGUACCUCUAUGACCCAACAUUCGAUGUCCCAUGGGAGGCCAAGACAGAAGUUCUACUCUGGCGGGGUGCUACAUCUGGCGGUAUCUCGCGAGAGGAUAGUUGGAAACGCCUGCACCGCCAGCGAUUAGUUCUUCUUGCUAAUGGAACUUUGGAUCACCACGGACAAGUAUCCGUACUGUCUGAGAACGCGCAGCACACAUACGAGCCGACUCGUGAAUUUAGCUUGUCUAAUUUCGCGCAAGAUCAUUUUGAUGUUGGUUUCACAGAGGUUUGGGCUUGUGAACCCGAUUGCUCAUUCUACGAUGGAGUAAUGGGGAUAAAGGCGCCAAUCCCGCUAAGUGAGCAAUUCAAAGCGAAAUAUCUAGUCGAUGUAGAUGGCCACAGCUUCUCCGGUCGGUGGCGUGCAUUCCAUUUCAGCCGAUCAUUAGGCCUGAAGGCGACGAUAUUCCGAGAAUGGCACGACUCACGACUUUUCCCUUGGCGACAUUUCGUCCCUCUGGACAAUCGAUAUGAUGACCUCUAUUCUCUUAUGACCUAUUUUAUCGGUACCGACCAUCAUUCCAACAAGGAGGCAGAGCCAUACAUCCGCAGCCAUAGCUCUGAAGCUAAAAAAAUGGCGUCGCAAAGCCGUAGCUGGGCUAACCAGGUACUGCGUGAUGAGGACAUUGACAUCUAUAUGCUCCUCCUGUUGCUGGAGUAUGGACGCAUCAUAGAUGACAAUCGGGACUCUAUUGGGUACAGUGGGGAUGGCAGGGAGAUGGAUGAGUACGACAGAAAGUUCUACGGUCCAUUUUCCUGGGCGCGCGGUUGGAGUUCGUCUGACUGA